AUGGAAGGAGACUUGAAAGAAGAAAAACCAAGCAUCCAUGCAGAUUUACAAACACAUUUGCUCAAUGACAAUAAUAAUCAUGUUCAAAAGGGUGGUCUUAGAACCAUGCCCUUCAUUAUUGUGAAUGAAGCAUUUGAGAAAGUUGCGAGUAGCGGAGUGAUGGCGAACAUGAUCUUCUAUCUAAUGGAAGUUUAUCACAUGGAAGCUGUGACCGGAACCAGCGUGAUCUACAUCUGGUCAGCGCUUUCCGAUGGUCUCUCCAUUUUCGGGGCGUUCGUUUCUGAUUCUUAUUUUGGCCGCUUUCGGGUCAUUGCAUUCGGGUCUCUCUCUAGUCUUGUUGGAGUGAGUUUACUCUGGUUGACAUCCAUUGUUCCACAGUUAACACCAUCUUCAGCUUCAUCUUGCCCACCAACACCGGCCCAACUCGGUUUCCUUUUAGCCUCUUUUUCUCUAAUAUCAAUCGGGUCGGGCUGCAUCAGACCAUGUUCCAUAGUCUUUGGUGCUGACCAACUCAAACACUAUAACAGCCAGCGGCUCAUCGAUAGCUACUUUAACUGGUACUAUGCCUCUUCAACGAUUUCCUACAUUAUUGCUUCUACCGUUGUCGUCUACAUUCAAGACUUAUUCGGUUGGCGGGUUGGUUUCGCAGUUCCUGUCUUGGUCAUGCUAUGUUCUGCUCUCAUGUUCUUACUCGGGUCCUCUCUUUAUGUCAAAGUUGAAGUAAAAAAGAGCCCGUUUUCGGGUUUGAUUCAAGUCUUAGCUGUUGCUUUUAAGAACCGCAAGAUCCGUCUUCUUCCUGGUGAUUGCUAUAAUCAUAGCAAUGAAAUGGAUCGAGUUGAGCUAACCGACAACUUAAGGUUUCUUAACAAAGCAUGUGUCGUUAGAGAUGUGAACAUUGGAUCUAUUGGCUCGAACCCGUGUGGUGUCCCCACAGUCGAAAAGGUGGAAUCCCUAAAAACCCUAAUUCGGAUAAUACCUAUUUGGUCAUCGGGCAUUCUACUAUUCACAAUCACGGUACAAAAUUUUCCGACACUUCAAGCCAAGAAAAUGAACCGAAACAUCACCUCAUGGUUUGAGAUCCCGGCUGCGUCUUUUAUCUUGUUUGAGCUUUUGACAAUCACAAUAUGGAUCCCGUUUUACGACUGUAUUUUGGACAAGUUGCUAGCAAAAUAUACAAAUGAGCCACGCGGGCUUAACCUUAAAACCCGAAUGGGAAUCGGGUUAAUAUUGUCAGUCAUAACUAUGGUAGUAUCUGCAAUAGUAGAAACCAUAAGGCGUGAUUUGGCAAAUCAAAACACGCCAUUUAACAUGUCAGCAAUGUGGUUGGUCCCACAAUAUGUGUUACUAGGGUUGUCCGUGGCGUUUAAUGAUAUUGGACAGAUAGAAUUUUAUUAUUCUGAGCUCCCAAAAAGCAUGGCAAGUUUUUCAAUAGCUGUGCUUAAGGUGAGCGCGGCGAGUGGUUCGCUUGUCGCAAGUCUUUUAACUAACAUUGUGGAUUCGGUAACGGGCCGAGGAGGCAACGUAAGUUGGCUAUCGAGUGAUAUCGACGAGGGUCACGUGGAUUACUACUAUUGGUUGCUUAGUUUCUUGAGUUUGCUAAACUUUUUCUACUACUUAAUCUGUUGUCGUGUUCAUCGGAGUUUUUCUUCUUCGGAAUGUAGGUUGUCCCAUGCGGUCAAUAUCGAAGGAUCUGAUAGCAUUGAAGACAAACUUUGA